AUGACUCAAAACAAGUAUUCAGUUAUAUUGCCAACAUAUAAUGAAAAAAGAAAUUUGCCAAUUUUAAUCUAUUUAUUAAACAAGACAUUCACUGCCAAUAAAUUGGAUUGGGAAGUAAUUAUUGUUGACGAUAAUUCACCUGAUGGUACUCAAGAAAUUGCCAAAAAAUUAAUUGAUAUAUUUGGACCAGAACAUAUUCAAUUAAGACCAAGAGCUGGUAAAUUAGGGUUAGGUACUGCCUAUGUUCAUGGAUUACAAUUUGUCACUGGUAAUUUUGUCAUAAUCAUGGAUGCAGAUUUCAGUCAUCAUCCAGAAGCCAUACCUGAAUUCAUUGCCAAACAAAAAUCCCAAGAUUAUGAUAUUGUCACCGGUACUAGAUAUGCUGGUGAUGGUGGAGUUUAUGGAUGGGAUUUCAAAAGAAAAUUGAUUUCUAGAGGUGCCAACUUUUUGGCUAGUGUUGUAUUGAGACCUCAUGUUAGUGAUUUAACAGGGUCAUUCAGAUUAUAUAAAACUGAAGUAUUAAGAAAAAUCAUUGAUGUCACUCAAUCAAAAGGUUAUGUUUUCCAAAUGGAAAUGAUGGUUAGAGCAAAGGCAAUGGGAUUCACUGUUGGUGAAGUGCCAAUUAGUUUUGUCGACAGAUUAUAUGGAGAGUCAAAAUUAGGUGGUGAUGAAAUUGUUCAAUAUGCCAAAGGUGUUUGGACUUUGUUUACAAAUGUUUAA